UAUGUACUUUCGCUUUGGGGGCAUAAGUUCCUAGAGGAAAACAUAUGGUUGGCCACAUAACAUGGCUAAAAUGCUAAUCAAACCUCCAUUUUCUCUCAUUCUUUGCUGCUUCCUCUUGGCAUCACUCCUCUUCAUCCGGUAUGGAGUAGUCGCUCGUAGAUUACAGGAGGUUCAAGAAAAUGACACUGGAAAAAGCAAAGUGGGAAUAACAAGAAGUAAGCCAACAACAGCACCAUCUUGGGUUGGCCAGAAUAAUCCUCCUAUCGCACAAAGCGCUUCAGUAAACAGAAGUUGGGCAACAUCUCGCUUUGCCACUUAUAGACAGCUUGGCCCUUUCCGUGGAGCACUGCCAUCGAAUGGCACGGUUAGAGGUUGCCAGGUUUAUAAUCGUGGCCGUCGUAUUCCUUAGUAAAGCACGCAAAAGAAAAGCUCAAUGAAAAAUCUCUAGCGGUUUUUUGGAAUAAAAUUUCCGAGAGGGUAUUAUCUACUUU